AUGAUCAAAGAAUCGGGAUGGAAACCAAAGUACCAGAUUGUCCCGGGGGAUGAGACGGAACUCGUGCACAAGACACGAACUCCUUACCGCCUCGCGCUCGUGAUCUCGCUAUGCGCGGCACUCAUCAUAACAGCCUUCACGAUCGUAUACCCACGGAUAAAUGCUGUGAACACAUGCUCACAGCCACGAGUCCGACGAGAAUGGCGAUCUCUUUCAGAACAACAGCAGCUCGACUACUUGAAGGCUGUGCAGUGCCUUGCACGAACACCCUCCGGCAUUCAUCCGAAUGCAAGCCUACAUGACGACUUUCCGUGGGUUCAUCGCAAUAUCGGAUACAUUGCACAUGAGGCUGCCCUGUUUCUGCCAUGGCAUCGAUACUUCGUACAUAUCUAUGAGACAGCCUUACAAGAGUCAUGUGGAUACAUCGGCCCGAUGCCAUACUGGGACUGGAGCCUGGACUGGGAAACCAUCACGCACUCUCCCGUCUUGAAUGAUUAUACAGGCUUUGGAGGAACAGGCAACGAGAACAAUCAUGACUGUGUGGAGCAAGGCCCGUUCGCCAACAUGCCAGCCCUGUACAACGGCACGCAUUACGAACUUCACUGCCUCUCGAGACAUUUUGCCUUUAAAGAAGAUGUCGGCGUCCGGCAUUACGACGUUAGCUACUUGAGUCCACAGACCACCGCUGACGUGCUGGAUACCGACGACUAUAUGGAACUCGUACUGGGCAUUGAACAUGGCCCUCACAAUCACCUGCCAUUAGGGAUAGGAGGCGACUUUCUGUCUUUCACUGCCCCGGCUGAGCCCCUUUUCUUCCUCCAUCACGCCCAGUUAGACAGGCUGUGGUGGAUCUGGCAAAGCAGAAGCAAGCAAAAUUCCCGAGCGUACUCAGGGCCGAAAUCAAUGGGCUCGAAUGAAAGUGCCAGCGUGGAUGAUCUGAUACCGGUUUCGUUCCCUAGUCUUGCGGAUGAUGUUCCUGUGAAGGAAGUGCUGAGCACACAGGCUGGAAUUCUGUGUUAUACUUACGACACGGCUCAGAUAGGUGAACCUGUCUAG